AUGAAUAAUAAACAACUAGUAGGUUCAGAAGUAAUCAACUUUAUUAUUGCAAUUCGAACACUAGAAAAAAUCAGACUCAAAAAAAUUGGCCUCCAGUACCGGCCAAUAGCUCUGAUACGUUUGCACAAGCCUCGUGGACCCAAAUCUUGCAGUUUCCACAUUGUAUCCAAUCCUCUUCCUUUACGACGUCUUACAGUAGUUCUUCUUUUGGAAGCAUCAGGAACCGGUGACAGUUCUAUUCGGCGUGAGUAGGAGUAGUUUGAGUCUCGGAUUGUAUAGAAGUUGUAAUGUCAGCUAAUAAAUUAGAAGUUGGAGUUUGAGAUCCAAGUUGUCGAGAGGAAAUGGAUGUAAGUUCUCGCUGUGUAGAAAUAGAAUUUGACAGAUUUGAACAAGCAGAUGUUGAAGGUGUCGGUUCGGUUAGUUGAGAAUGUGAGAGCG